GGGUGAUUGCCUAACGAACAGCUGUUGCAGCUGUACAGAGAAUAAAGGAGAAAGAUCAGGAGCAGCGGCAGCAGUCUGAUGCCUGCAACAGAUCACUUCUGUCAAAGACUUCUGUUCGGUACUACCUUUUGCAUGGGGAUUAGCACAGUAGGAUGAAACCUCAUGUUGAGAUAGAGGCAGUUCCUUCACACAGUGAAGAGCAUCACCAAGUGAGGGAGCUGUGCUGCUCACAGCCUUGGGGCCAGGAUUGGUCCUCCAGCUUUACCAUGAACACCUAUCUCUUUCUGUAUGACUUAAUGCAAUUCUGUGGACAUUCCUGGAUAUUUACAAAUAUGAUCAUCAGGUUCAUGUCAUUUGGAAAAGAUUCGAUGGCUGACACAUUUUACUCCAUAGGACUUGUAAUGCGACUUUGCCAGUUGUUAUCUAUAUUGGAGAUCUUACACAUCCUCAUUGGCAUUGAUAAGAGCCGUCUCUUUCCCAGGUUUUUGCAGAUCACCGAGAGAGUAAUUGUUUUAUUUGUUGUGAUCAACAGCCAGGAAGAAGUCCAAGGAAAAUGUGUCGUGUGUGUUUUAUUUUUCCUUUGGAAUUUAUUAGAUGUGGUCAGGUAUACUUACAACAUGUUAGCAAGGAUGGGAAUAUACUACCUACCACUGACAUGGCUCAACUUCUCCCUGUGCAUCCCGCUCUACCCUCUUUCAGUUCUGGCUAAAGCAUUUGCAAUUUGUGUAUCACUGCCUUAUUUUGAAUCCUUUGGCACAUACUCCAUCAAGUUACCAUUUCCAUUCGCCAUCUCAAUCUACUUCCCCUAUGUUCUGAAAAUGUACCUACUAGUGCUCUUUAUAGGAAUGUUCUUUAUCACCCACACCCUCAUCUCCGAAAGAAAUGCACACCUAGGGAGAAGCAACAUCAAAAAGAAAAGAAGCUAAGCUGAUAAUUUGUUUGGAAAUGUAUAUUGUCUGUCUGUGUAGAAUUUUCAGAAAAGAAUUUUCUCCUCAAUGCACCUUAGAAACAGAUCACUCAAAAUAACUAGCUACUUUUGAAAUUUUUGACUUCAAAUGGCAGGAGCUUUAAAAAUGAAUGUAUUUUUUCUACCAUGUAUUUGAGAACUCUGAAUCACAAUCACAGUGAUAACCCUUAUUUUGGAGUUAACUCUUGCUUCAUUAGCAACACAUCUUCUGUAAGGACAAUGCAACAAUUUAAUCUAUAACAUUAUUUAAUAUUAGGCUAACAUGUAUGUGUCUCAUACAUAAAUGCUAAAUUGACUAUAAUUGGAAUCUCUCAAAGAGCAGAAGCUGGAAACUUUGCAGCCUAUGAGAUUCACAUGCUGACUAGACCCAGUCAUUCACAAAUGAUACCUCACAUUCUGGCCCAACCUUCACUUCUCUGAACAAGAUUCCAUAAGAUGCAGCUAAACCAUAAAGGCAAGUGGUCAGGUACUCAUCUACUAUAUAUUCAAGGGGAUAUUGAAGGGUCAGAAGUAAAAACUUAGAAUCACAUGUCUGUCAGACUUUAAGAAUCUCUUUCCUCACAAUGAUUUCUUUCUUCUUCACAAUGAUCUGAACAGCAGAUAUAUAUGCAAAAGAAGCGUGAUGUAAUCAGGCCAAACAUAUGUUCUUUAAAGACAAAUGAAUGACUACCAAAAGCCCUGUGCAAAAUUCUAGCCAUUUUCCCCAAGUGCGUUUCUCCUCAUACUUCUGUAGGACUAUGCAACUAGAACAUAGUCUCUUCAACAGUCAUGAAUGAAGAAUACGGACAGCAACUCAGUGGAAAAAUGGACAAAUAACUGCUUUAGAGGCUGGCAGGGGCUCUUCUGAUGUUUCAUCCAUAAUGAUUAUCACAUAGAUUUGGAUUCAGGCAGGUAGGGGAGUGUGAAGAGGCUUUUGCUUGUAUGACUGUCUAAACCAUGCACCCCAAGAGGGUGUGUAAGGAAAGAGUGAAGCUGGCCUCGAUGUACUCAUUUAUUAUGAAAAGUCACCUACUGUCACUUUUAUUUAUUUAACAUAUGUGGCAGACAAAGCCUGGAGACUAUUGUGACCACUGAAAUAUUUACAAACCAUAAGCAACAAGAUUAUACAUACAUUAGUACAGAGUCAACCCUGGAUUUAAAAAAAAUUCUUUUUUGAAUGCAAGGCAAAACUUUGGAACUUAGAGAAACAGAAGCAUAAACAACAUGAAGAAACACAUGGAACAGCUGAAUAGGAUGACAGUUUUGAAGAAGAGAGACAGAAUGAGCACACUUCAAAUCAAACCACUAUAUAACAUUCUAAAUGUGAAAUUUUUCCCCUUGGAAAUUCAACCUAAUGUGUUUGUCAUCAAACUCCAUGGAGUUAACAGACUGCUAAGGACAAAACAUGACAUACGAUAUUGUAUUGGGCCUACAUGACAAGGCUUUGGCAGUGGGGAAGCUGCAAGGAUGGCCUCUGUGAGAAGAAGCCAGGAGCUUCCUCAAAGCCAGACAUAGCUGGGUCCAGCCAGCUCAGAAAGAGAGCCAUCAUGUGAUGCUGAAACAAACAACAAAGCUUAUGGCAUCUCAGUGUAAACACACUUAAAAAAAAAAAAGGUAAAAAAAUUGCUGUGCAGCAGCUGUGAAAGAGGAAUAAAAAUGUGAGAGAAAGAGCUCUGCAGAUAACAAAUUCAGUGGGAAAGGAGAGGAGGCAGCACUACAGGCACUGCAGCAGAAUCCCCAGUGGCCUAUGGAGAAGACCCUGGUGGAGCUGGUUGUCCCUCUACAGCCCAUGGAGGACAUUGCCAGACAAGAUAUCAAUACAGCUGUCUGUGGAGGACUUCAUCCUGCAGCACAUAGGUGUGCUCUGAAGGAAGCUGCAGCCCAUGCAGAGCGUACACAGAAGCAAAUAAGGUUAUCAGUCAUUAUAUGGCAAGAAUAUAUAAUUGCCAUCACAUAAAUGUGGUGGGAUGACUUGCAUAACUGGAGUGCUGCCAUGGUUGGCUAUAAACUCUUCAGGUGGGAUAGGUGAGGAAGAAGCAGCAGUGGGGUAGCCCUCUAUUUUAGAGUGUUUUGAUUGCCUUGAGCUCAAUGAUGGUGAUGAUAGUGUUCAGUAUCUAUGGGUACAAAUCAGUGGAGUACCCAAUAAGGCAGAUAUUAUCGUGGGAGUCUGCUACAGACCACCCAGCCAGAAUGAGGAGGCUGACAAGAUAUUCUACAAGCAGGUGGGAGAAGUCUCGCUAUCGCAAGCGCUUGUCUUUGUGGGAGACUUCAACUUUCCAGAUGUCUGCUAAAAAUAUAAUGCAGCAGAGAGGAAAUAGUCUAGCGGGUUCGUGGAGUGUGUGGAAAACAACUUCCUGACACAACUGGUGAGUGAGCCAACCAGGGAAAGUGCCCCACUGGACCUGCUGUUUGUGAGCAGAGAAGGCCUUGUGGGAAACAUGAUGGUUGGAGGACGCCUGGGGCACAGUGAGCUCAAGAUGAUAGAAUUUUCAGUUCUAGAAGAAGAAAGGAAGGGGGUCAGUAGAACGGCCACCUUGGACUUUCAGACUUCGGACUGUUCAGAAGUCUGGUUGAUAAAAUUCCACGGGAGACAGUCUUUAAGGGCAAGGGAGACCAAGAGGGCUGGAUGUUCUUCAAGAAGGAGACCAAGAUGGCGUAGCAGCAGGCCAUCCCCAUGAGCCAGAAAAUGAACCAUAGGGUGAGAAAACCGGUUUCACUGAGCAGAGAGCUCUGGGUGGAUAUCAGGAAAAAGAGGAAAGUAUACGAGCUUUGGAAGAGGAGGCAGGCAUCUCAAGAGGACUACAGGGAUGAAGUGAGAUUAUGUAAAGAGAAAAUCAAAAGGGCUAAAGCCCAACUAGAACUUAGAUUGGCCAAUUCGGUGAAAGAUAAUAAAAAAAAACUUUUUACAAAUGUAUCAACAACAAAAGGAGGGCCAAGGAGAAUCUUUGUCCUUUACUGGAUGCAGGGGGAACAACAGUGACAAAGGAUGAGAAUAAGGUCAAGGUACUUAAUGCCUUCUUUGCUUCAGUCUUUAACAGUAAGGUCAGAUGUUCUCUGGGUACUCAGCCUCCUGAACCAGAAGACAGGGAGGGAGAAGAAAACUCCCAUGAUCCAUGAGGAAAUGGUUAAAGACUUGCUCAGCCAAUUAGACAUUCACGAGUCUAUGGGGUCAGAUGGGAUUCACCUGAGACGAUUAAGGGAACUCAUAGAAGUGCUUGCCAAACCCUUUUCCAUCAUCCAGCAGCAGUCCUGGUGGACAGGGGACCUUCCACUUGACUGGAGGCUGGCUGAUGUUACAUCCAUUUACAAGAAGGGCCAGAGGGAGGAUCCAGGAAACUACAGGCCUGUCAGUCUGGCCUCAGGGCUGAGGAAGAUCAUGGAGCAGGUAAUCUUAAGUGCUAUCACACAGCAAAUGCAAGAUAACUGGGUGAUCAGGCUCACCCAGCAUGGUUUUAUGAAAGGCAGGUCCUGCCAAACUAACCUUAUCGCCAUCAAUGACAAGGUGACCCACUUAAUGGAUGAUGGAAAGGCUGUGGAUAUAGUGUACCUAGACUUCAGUAAAGCCUUUGACAUUGUUUCUCACAUUGUCUACCUGAGAAGCUGGCUGCCACUGGCCUGGACAGGCACACCCUCUGCUGGGUUAAAAACUGGCUGGAUGGCCCAGCCUAAAGAGUUGUGGUAAAUGGAGUUAAAUACGGUUGGAGGCCAGUCACAAGUGGUGUGCCCCAGGGCUCAGUGGUGGGUCCAGUCCUGUUCAAUAUCUUUACCAAUGACCUGGAUCAGGGGACUGAGUACACCCUUAGUAAGUUUGUGGAUGACACUAAGAUAGGAGGAAGUGUUGAUCUGCUGGAGGGUAGGGAGGCUCUGCAGAAGGACUUGAACAGGCUGGAUCCAUGGGCUAAGGCCCAUGGGAUGAGGUUUAACAAGGCAAAAUGUUGGGUCCUGCACUUGAGGCACAACAACCCCGUGCAGCGCUACAGGCUUGGGGAACAGUGGCUGGAAAACUGCCUGGCAGAGAAGGACCUGGAGUUAACAGCUGGCUGAACAUGAGUGUUCCCAAGGGCCAAGAAAGCCAAUGGUAUCUUGGCCUGUAUCAGAAACAGUGUGGCCAGCAGGACCAGGGAAGUGAUUGUGCACCCGUGCUUGGGAUUGGUGAGGCCACAGCUAGAAUAGUGUGUUCAGUUUCAGGACCCUCACUACAAGAAAGACAUUGAGGUGCUUGAACUGAUCCAAAGAAGGGCAAAAAAAGUUGGUGAAGGGGCUGGAAGACAAGUCUUAUAAGGAGCAGCUAAGGGAACUGGGGGUUCUUUAGCACAGAGAAGAGGAGGCUGAGGGGAGACCUUAUCACGGCCUACAGCUACCUGAAAGGAAGCUGUAGCGAGGUGGGUGUCAGUCUCUCCUCCUAAGUGACAGGUGGUAAGAUGAGAAGUAAUAGUCACAAGUUGCACCAGGGGAGGUUCAGAUUAGACGUCAGGAAAAAAUUCUUCACCGAAACGGUCAUUGGGCACUGGAAGAGGGCACUGGAAGAUUCCCUAUCCCAUGAGGUAUUUAAAAGAAGGGUAGAAGUGCUAAGGGAUAUUGGUUUACUAGUGGACACAUAUGGUUGGACUUGAUCUCAAAAGUCUUUUCCAACCAAGCGGUUCUAUGAUUCUAUGAAGUUCUUAGCAGGAACUGUGGCCUAUGAGGGACCCGCAAUAGAGCAGCCUUUUGUCAGAUGGACUGUAACAUGUGGAAAGCAUCUAUGCUAGUUCUCGAAGAGCUGCAGCUGCUGAAAAGAACUAUGUUGAAGCAGUUCAUGAAGGCCUGUAUCCCAGUGGGAGGAAACCCACACUGGAGUAGAGGAACAAUGUGAAGAGGAAAAAGCAGCAGAGAUGAAGGUGUAUGAUCUCUGCAAUUCCCAUUCUCCACCUAUCUAGCACUGCUUGAGGAGGGAGGAGAUAGAAGUGUCAUGAAUGAAGGAGCGAAGUUGAGCCUAGAGAAAAGGGAUGAGUUGGGGAGGUAAAAGAUAUUUUUAGUUUUGUCUUUGUUUCUUACCAUCCUACUGUAUUUUUAAUCAGCAAUAAAUUACUCUUCCCCAAGUUUAGUCUAUUUUUGAGAUUGUAAUGAUCUUCCUUUCUUUAUGUAGAUCCAGAAGCUUUGUCACCUUAUUUUCUCCCUCUUCUGUUGAGGAUUCAGAGAGGAGCAGUUUAAUGGGUGCUUAAAAAGUUGCUCGAGUCUUUCCACCUCUGGCAACUUAAAUCUUUGUUCAAAAUUGCUAUCAGUCCUGAGAUCACAGGUCCUGAUGAUUUGUGUAUUCAUUUAGAUCAUCUGACAAUGUAAUCAAAAUAAGCAUUGCUCUUACAUAUCUACAUAAACACAGGCAACAAUAUAAUGUAUAGACAAGGAUGAAGAAAUUUCACUACAGAAGCGAUGUAUAAUUGAAAGUUAUUAAACAAUCUCUUUAAGGAACAUAUAGGUAGCUGACUACUACAUUUAUCUGACAUUUGAAAAACACUAGUUUUAGUACAGAUACAUACUAUGAGAUGAAUUCAUAAAUAUGCACAUGAAACACGUGUGGAAAAAAACCCCUACACGUCAGUGCUAAAGAUAGAAAAAAAUAAGUUUAUUCCUACAGAACAGCUAUGCUGGAGUCACAAGAACUUGUUCUACCAAUAUACACACCACUAUCUGCCUUUGCUGUGUUCCCACAUAUCUAAAAUAUGGUAGACACUUGCUCACCUCAGUCCUUGAAAGUCAUUGUGUCCAAAGCAACAUACUAUUUUGAAAGAGAUUGCCUAGAAAUAAAGAGCAUAUUGAUUUCUUCAGCUCUACCAUACAUCAGGAGGAAUAGUCUUUCCAUCAUAGGCUAUGUGUAUACUUGCAGUAAGAGCAACCCAAUAGGAAGAGAACUACAGAGUGAAAGGAUUCACAAUAAGAAGCUGACUUACCUGCCUUUCAGAGGGUCUUACUACAAACCAGCUCUAGUUCAAGUCCUGUGGGCUGAAUACACAGAGUCGUAGACUACACUGGGAUAUUUAGAAUAGAAUAGUUCCAGCUGGAAGGGACCUGCCUCAAAGAAAUGUUUCUUGAAGUCCAGUCUGAACCUCACUUAAUGCAGCUUUGAGCCAUUCCCACGCAUCCUGUCACUGGAUCCCAGGAAGAAGAGAUCAACAUCUCCCUCUCCAUAUCCCCGCCUCAGAAAACUGUUAAGAGCAACGAAGUCGCCCCACAGCCUUCUUUUCCCCAGCUCAGACAAACCCAGGGUCCUCAAGCGCUCCUCAUACUACAUGCCUCCUGACCCUUCCACCAGCUUUGUUGCACUCCUCUGGACACAUUCAAGGACCUGUCUUCUUAAAGCAGAGCUGCACGCAGUACUCAAGUCAAGGCCAUACAAUGCUAAAUUCAUCAGGAUAAUCCCCUCUUUUGACCAUCUAGUUAUGCUGUUUGAGGUACCCCAGGAUGCAGGUUGCCACUGUGGCUACCAGGUUGUGCUGCUGACUCAUAUUGAGCUUAAUGUCAACCAGCACCUCCAGAUCCCUUUCUGAAGGGCUGCUGCCCAGACACUCCUCUCGUAAUUUAAACUUGUGUCCAGUGGUAUUCCAUCCCAGGUGCAGAAUCCGGCAUUUGGAUCUGUUAAAUCUCAUCCCAUUAAUCAUUAUCCCAUGCUCCAAUCUAUCUAGACUCUUCUGCAAUCUAUCUAGAUUCUUCUCCUCUUGUCCCUCAAGAGAGUCAGCAGCACCUCCAAGUUUAGUAUCACCAGGAAACUUAUUAAUAGUGCAUCCCUUGAUAAAUAUAUUGAAUAGGACUGGCUGCAGAAUUGAGCCCUGAGGAACAUCAUAAAUGACUGGUUGCCAGACAGAUUCAUCAUAACACUUUGAGCCCUGCCAUCCUGCCAGUUCUUCACCCAGUGUGCUGUGGACCUGCUCAUCUCCUGUUGGAGAACUUGUCCGGAAGGAUGCUGUGAGGGACAGUAUCAAAAUCCCCACUAAACUCCUGAAAACCCACAUCCACCACUCUCCCUUCCUCCACGAGGUAGGUGUUCUUAUCUUAGAACGGUAUCAGAUGAGUUAUACAGGAUUUUCCCUUCAUGAACCCAUGCUGACUCUGCCUGAUGACUGUGUUGUCCUUUAAAUGUCUUUUGAUAGCACCCAGUAUGACCUUUCCUAUGGUUUUCCCCAGGAACUGAAAUUAGACUAACAAUUCUGUAAUUCCUUGGGUUUUCCCUCACACCCUCCUGGUAAAUUAGCAACAAUGCUGGCUAGCUUCCAGUUAGCAGGGACCUCUACAGACUCCCAAGACCUUUGCUAUAUGAUCAAGAGGAGCCCUGCUUUACAUCUGCUAGCUCCUUCAGUACUCUGGAAUGAAACCAAUUAGGCUCUACGGACUUCAAAAUAUUCAGCUGACAGAACUGGUCAUUUACAAUCUUAAUGUUCACAAACUGGAAGUCACUGCUCCUACACGUCCUCCAACUCAGAAUACUAAGCAGCCCAAACUCUGUUAGUAUUCUGAAACACUGAGGCAAAAAAUCCUUCAAACACCUCUGCAUUACCUUCAUCCUUAUUAGCCAGGCAAUUGUCUUCAAGUAUUGGUACAAUAUUUUCAUUAGAUCUCCUCUUGCUCUUAGAGCAGAAUCAUAGAAUGGUUUGGGUUGGAAGGGGCCCUGAAGAUCAACUAGUUCCAAUCCUCUGUAGUGGGAGGGGUUAUACUACACUCGUCCCUGUCUUGUUGUCCAUUGACCCAUGAUGGGUGAGGAGAGCAGUUGCCAGUAAAGAGAGAGGCAAAAAAGUUGCGUACCUCAGCCUUCUCCUUGUCUAUUGAUACAAGGUCACCAUUUUCAACCAUCAGUGGGGUAUGCUUUCUUUAACCUUUCUUUUCUGACUGACAUACGUGUAGAAGCCUUUCUUGUUAGUUUUUGCUUCCCUUGCCAAGUUCAGCCCCAGUUGCCCCUUGGCCUUCCUGACCCCAUCCCUACACAACUGAGCAGCAUCCCUAGACUCUUCCCAGGUUCCCAGUCCCUGCUUGCACUGCCUGUGCAGUUCCCCCUUGCUCUUCAGUUUGACCAGCAGGUCUCGACACAGCCACCCUGGCCUCUUCCCUUCCCUGCCUGAUUUCCUACAUCUGAUGACUGAGCUCUCUUGCGCUUUAUGGAAAGCAUCCUUAGAUAUUUGCCAGGUCUGUUCUACUCCCUUGUCCCUGAGGACCAUACCCCAAGGCGUCCUACUGACCAACUCCUUGAAGAGCUGGAAGUUUGCUUUCCUAAAAUUUAGUGUCCUGACUAUAAACGUCACCUGUCCCAUAUCCCUCUGGACCUUGAACUCCACCAAUGCAUGAUCACUACAGCCCAGGCUGUCUCUGAUCUUAAUAUCACUGAUGAGCUCACUAGUACUAAUGAUCAUCAAGUCCAGUACUGCAUCCUCUAGGGUAGGGGUGUCUUUUACCUGGGUUAAGAAAAUAUAUUCCAAUGCACUCUAUGAGUCUCCUGGACUGCCUACAGCGUGCUGUGCUACUUUUCCAUCACAUCUCAGGGUGGUUGAAAUCCCCCAGAAUGAUGUUGUUAUCUAUCCCUUUCCUUACACACAGGGCAACGUGUCCACUCCUCCUUCCAGGUCUUUCCCUUCUGAACAGCCUGUAGCCAUUGAUAGCCACACUCCAGUCACGCGAUUCAUCCCAUCAAGUUUCAGUAACUGCAAUCACAUCAUAGCUUGCUAGCAGCAUGAUGGCUUCCAGCUCCACAUGUUUGUUGCUCAAGCUGCACGAGUUUGUGUAGAGGUACGACUGUUGGCCGUAUCACCUUCUUAGUAGAAUAUCCCUUAUUUCCCUUCAGUGUUCCACAGAAGUUUCCCCGCUGGCUCCUACUACACCAGGAAGUCCCCCCUCAUCUCCACAGGACUUCAGCUGUCUGCAGGUCCCCAGCAUGCCCCAGGGCAACAGGUGGAGGUACCACACCAGCACUCCAUCCCUUCAACCACAGUGUGUCCUCCCGCAGCUUAUCAUAGGCAAGCCUGAUGUUAUCUUCCUCCAACUUACAUCUAGUUUAAAGCCCCAUCGAUGAGCUCUGCAAGCUCCUGAGCAAAAGACCCUCCUUCCUUUUUGAGAAAGGUGGCUCCCAUUUGACGCCUGUAAACCUGGUGCCACAUACGCUAUCCCACUGUCAAAAUCCCAAAGCUAUUAGGGUGACACCACUCACGGAGCCAUGUAUUAACAGACUAUUAAUGCAGGCCCGUCUAUUUCUUCCAACAUCCCUGCCUGCAACUGGAAGGAGGAAUGAAAAAAAAUCACCUGGGCCCCAGAUUCCCUCAGUAGCUGUCCCACGGCCAUGAAGUCUCCUUUGAUCGCCCUUGGCCAUGUUCUGCAGCCCCAUCACCUCCCACCUGGAAGAGCAGGAAUGGGCAGUAGUCUGAGGGCCUUACGAGACUGGGGAGUUUCCUAGUGGUAUCUCUAACCUGGGCUCCUGGGAGGCAGCAGACUUCCCUGUGAGUAGGGUCUGCUUGACAUAUCGGACCCUCUGUUUCCCUCAGCAGGGAGUAUGCUACAACUAAGACUCAUCUUUUCUUCCUCAUGGUGGUUGUAGUAAUAUGGGGGGGGUAUAGCAUUCUGAACUUCACCCCUCCUCCGGUGUAGAUGAAUUAACAUCCCCACUGUCUACUGACUGGUCCUCCACAGCUAGACUCUUGUAUCUACCAUGCAGAGGCAUCUGGGGAGGCGUGGGCAAGGAGGGGGUUCACUUGCUGCCCCAUUUGUGGACUUGCUUCUACUUACUUGUUACUCCACUUUAUGUCCCUGCCUACAUCUUGGUGGGGGGAGGAUAAUAAAUCCCUUUAAUCGGGAGCUUUUUCUGGUGGUUGUCUGCAUUCAUGUUUCAGACAGCUCUUUUAUCUGAAUGAAAAUGGUAAUGCACAUACAAGCUCAGAUGAGUAAAGGUGUAUGGUAGUUUGGAACAGUAGACUAGACAUAGCACCAUUAAAACAUAUUAGGCUUUGAUAGAGGUCACUUAGAAGUGCACACAGAAAUGUCAUGCACUGAGAUACUGCCUCAGUGACAACUGCUUUCAGUGAGUCUUUCUGUACAUUUACCUUUAGACUGUCUUCUCAGUAUAGAGCAGCAUACAGAGCAUGAAAUGACCAUUAUUAUACACUACUUUGGAAAUAUCAAAAGACGAUGCUACCCUCCCCUUCCAAUUGCUGAAUAAAUGUCUAAUUGCUGUGGUAAGCUCAUUGCCAUGGCACAGUAAUGUUUUUACAUGAGAAAAGGCCAUAAAGAAGUCAGAGGAGGAUUUCUUCCACAGAGAAAAAGUUAUCAGUUCUGAAAUUAAGAGAACUCCUCCAGUGAGGUGUGGCUUCUAGAUGUAGGAUGAUAACAUUUCAUGCAAGCUGGUCAAAAUCAACAAUGCUCUCACUAGUACUGCUUUGGAAGUGCCCAAACAAUUUCAGUUAAUUUUUGUCUACUUUAGUGUGGACGAUUGCUAAAUACAAAACUCCUUUUGAGGUCUGUCUUCGCAAGACUGUGAAGGGGAACAGUUCUUUAUUCUUUCAAAAAGACAUGAGCAUUAAAUAAGGAAAAUGGCAGGAGCUAAUUUAUUGAAGAUGGCAAAGGUGGAAAAAAAGCUGCUAUAUAUUCCCUUUAGCCCAGAGGCAGAGAAAAAUCUCCUUAUGUGCAAAAGAGGAAACAAGAAGUUAUAAGUGGAAAGAAAACACAGCAGCUAUUAGAAUCAUUGAUUUAUGUUGAUGAUCUUGACAAAGCUGUUGCAAAACUGACAAGCAUGUCAUCCCUUUAGAAAACCCUACUCACAUUAUAAACCUUCAAUGCAUU